AAAGAAUCUCAAACAAAUAGAAAAUUAACACUAAUACAUUUCAUAUUGUUAUCUUAGUAGUUGUCCAGGUUAUAAGAUACAGGCACAGAAAAAUGAGCAAACACUCAAAACAGUGAGAGCACAAAUUGUUCUUUUGAAUGAACUAACAGAUUUGUAGCAUAAAAAUGUGGAACACCUCAUGAAUUUGUGUGUCAUCUUUGUGCAGAGGCCAUGCUCUUCUGUAUCAUUCCAGUUUUAGUAAAUGUGAUGCCUCCUGCCUUGCCUUGGUUGCCCAGAAUUGCCUUUGCUAUUCUAGGUCUCUUCUGGUUUCAAAUAGAUUUUAAGGUGUUUUUUCUAAUACUGUGAGUUGGUGCUAUUGCAAUUUUUUUUUUUUUUUUUGCUAUUGGAAUUUUGAUCAGAAUUACGUUAAACAAGGUCUCAAUUUUUAAACAUACUUUGUGAGAUUAUACUGUUACCCAAUUUGCUUGUUACAUAGAACAAGUUUUCCUGCACACAGUACAUAGUUCUUAUCUUUUCGUAUACCAACAGAUCUGUAUUCUUUUUAAGGGCAGAAACAGUACUUCAUAGUAUGAAGAUAGCAUAAUUUAACCAAUGUGAAAGUCCAUAGGUACUUAGGUUGUUUGCCUUUCUUUUCCUUUUUCGACAUAUUAGGUCAGUCAUUUUUAGAAAAAAAAAUGAUGACUAGAAGAUAAAUGUUUGGGUUUAUGCUACUUUUCUUUCUCUAGUCCAUCCAGGGACAUUUUCAAGUUUUGAAGAUAUUUUUGGACAGAAAAUGCCUGUAUUUCUGAAUAUAAAAAAGCCAGAAGGACUCAAAGGUGGAAUUGGGGAAAUUAUUAUAGGGUGGUUAUUGGAAUCCUUUAAAGCCACACAUGAGCACCUGACAGGUGUUACUUUUAUCAUAGUGAGAACCCUCUAUAUGUCUCAUUUUCUUUUACAGCUGAAAGACUGAGUGGGGGGGGGCUUGUGCAUACUAGGCAAGUGCUCUACCAUUAAAACUACAUCCCUAUUCUUUCUUUCUUUCUUUCUUUCUUUCUUUCUUUCUUUCUUUCUUUUUUGGUCUUUUUGAGAUAGGGUCUCACUGUGCAAUUCAGGCACUCACUUUGUAGCCCAGCCUGGUCUUGAACUCAAGAUGAUCCUCCUGCCUCAGCUUCCAGCAUUGCAGACUGCUGCCCAGAAGAAAAGAUGUUUGGUUUUCACAAGCCAAAGAUGUACCGGAGUCUGGAGGGCUGCUGUAUUUGCAGGGCGAAGUCCUCCAGUUCCCGAUUCACGGACAGUAAACGCUACGAAAAGGACUUCCAGAGCUGUUUCGGGCUGCACGAGACUCGCUCAGGGGAUAUCUGCAAUGCCUGUGUGCUGCUCGUGAAGAGGUGGAAGAAGCUGCCAGCAGGAUCCAAGAAAAACUGGAAUCACGUGGUAGACGCAAGGGCAGGACCCAGUCUAAAGACUACACUGAAACCAAAGAAAGUGAAAACCCUGUCUGGAAACAGGAUAAAGGGUAACCAGAUCAGCAAACUGCAGAAGGAAUUUAAACGUCACAAUUCUGAUGCUCAUAGUACCACCUCAAGUGCCUCCCCUGCUCAGUCUCCAUGUUACAGCAACCAGUCAGAUGAUGGCUCAGACACAGAGAUGGCUUCGGGCUCCAACAGAACACCGGUUUUCUCCUUUUUAGAUCUUACAUACUGGAAAAGACAAAAAGUGUGUUGCGGGAUCAUCUACAAAGGCCGCUUCGGGGAGGUCCUCAUUGACACGCACCUCUUCAAGCCCUGCUGCAGCAGUAAGAAGGCGGCACCGGAGAAGCCCGAGGAGCAGCCGCCCGAGCCACUGCCCAUCUCCACGCAGGAGUGGUGACCGAGGCUCAUGCACAGGGGGACAAGGAUUCAGAGGACCGCGGACCCACAGACUGACUCCUGUUCUCAACUCGGACACCUGCUAUUCUGCCAAAAGACAUUUUUAGAAUAGUGUCGAAUGGGUUAUUUCCCCCCACUCCACCAGUUCCACCAAACUCUGAAGCCAGCGUCUAGCUUACUAAGAGAGAAGUGUACAUAAUAUUUAAGAUGCUGAGUGUUUCAUAGGAAAGCUGAAUGCUGCUGUAAAGUGCUCUUUAAGUCUUUUUUAAAAUCCCCUUCUAAUGAAUGAAUUAGGGGAACUUCAGGGGACAGAGAUGGGAUUCGUUGUAUGAUAAACUGUGUGUAGUUUUAGUCUUUCUAUAUUAAGAAGCAGUGGUUGGGGCAUUUCUUAAGAUGGCUGGCUACUCUUGUUUUCCCUCAUACAUUUGCCUAACUAGGUGACAGGUAGUUGCUAAUAAUUUUGAAAUUAUUAAGGUCUUGCCAAGGUUCUGAUGAUUCAAACCUGUACUACUGAUUACUAAGCAGGACAGAUAGUUUUCUGGUGCAAAUACCUUUGAGGAAGUAGUUUUAAACUAUACAAACAAUUAGCUGUGCGUGGUGGCGCAUACCUGUAAUCCUAAUGUAGGGAGGUUGAGGCAGGAGGAUCUCUUGAGUUUGAUGCCAGCCUGAGCUACAUAGUGAGCUCAAAAAAAGUGCUAAGAGGUAGUUUGGCUGCCUGUGUUGUAUCCUGUGUCACCUUCCCUUAUGUCAAUGUUUGAUAAAGACAGCAAGCAGAAUCUACUCCUCCCAAGGAAAGGGCAAGUCCACAGGGUAUGCAGGAUGCUUCAGGUAGUGCUGGGGCCUCACCACACUCACUAUUACCUUGUUUGGUACCAUGCAGGUCUUCAGGAUGGCACACGACAAGGACUGACACUUCCUGGGCAUGUUUCUUAGAGGGCUUGCCACACGUGUAAGUUCGGUGGCGUUGGUUUGGUGACUCCGUUGAAAUCUGCACAAUUCAGUUUCAGCUCUGGAUUACUUCAGUUGACCUUUGUGAAGGUCUUAUCUGUGUAGAGUAGGUGUCUGACUUAGCUUCUUAGGGUUUGUUUUCUCUCUACUUGAAGUAAAAGUUAGUGGAAGAAAGAGGUGUGUGUCAGUGCUAAGCCAGUUGGUUUCGGUUUGGCUUCUUCCCUUUAGGCUUCUGAACAUUGAGAUCAGCCUGAGCGGGGAGCUAGUCAGUUCCAGGAUGUUCAUGGUGGCCUCUCACCAACUCGUGGUCUUCUCUCUGAAAGUUCAGGAGGAAAAUCACACCAGUCAGACUUCUCACAGUGAGAAGAGUGUUCACUUGCCUUACACUAUGCUUGUUUGUUUUCAAAACUGGAUUUCUAAAAUCGGGUAGUGUCAUAUUGAGGAGUGAGCCACUUUCUACAGGCACAUGAAGGUUUUUCACAGCUCUGACUCGAAACGUUUUUUAUUUCUUUUUGGAAAACCCACAUACAAGAGCCACAGUAUGAGAGACCGUAGCAAGAGACAGGUGGCUCUCCAUGGCCUGAGGGAUUGCAAGAGGCCAGCCAUACCAUCCUCCUGAGGUGUUUUGAAAUGGCUUUUUUUUUUUUUGUACAUUUUGGCUGCAGUAUUGGUGGUAGAAUAUAAUAUGGAUCAUCUCUACUUCUGUAUUUAUUUAUUUAUUACUAGACCUCAACCACAGCCUUCUUUUUCCCCUUCCACCUCUCUUUGCCUGUAGGAUGUACUGUAUGUAGUCAUGCACUUUGUAUUAAUAUAUUAGAAAUCUACAAAUCUGUUUUGUACUUUUUAUACUGUUGGAUACUUAUAAUCAAAACUUUUACUAGGACAUUGAAUAAAUUUAGUCUUAUUAGAAAAUAAAA